CUGGCAAAGAAUCAGUUCUCAUCUCAGCGUCUCUCCUGCUUUCAUCUCGCUUCAUACAAUUUCUUCAUUAUCCGCUGCUUUCUUGAACAAAUUCACGCCUGCAAGUGUGACCACACCUCGGUGAACUUUGAACCUAAACUUAUUUUCACCCCGAAAAGCUCCAAGGUUCACUUUCUGCAGCGCGUAGCCUGCACUACAAAGAGACACAUUGCUCUUAAGAAGAAGGAUUUCUCCACAGCUUGCCUAAUGAGGCGAAGCUGAAAGACGCAUAAUGAAGCAGAAAGCGCCUUUGCUUUGCUUUGCACUGGGGUUGUUUUUCUCUUUUGCUCCAAUUUGCCUUUGUGCUCAGAACAAUUCAAAAGGCUGGCACGACAGAGACACUCGGAGGCUUUGGAAGAAAAGUGGCACGAAAAAGUUCUGUGAUCCCUCCGUCAGCGACCAGACAGCAGCAGGUGCUGGCCCCGAGUGCAGCCCUGGCUUCUACAGAGAACGAACAGGACCAAGUAAGGGACGGUGUGUGCCAUGCCGCUGCAACGGACUCUCUGAUUUGUGUGAUGCACAAACAGGGAGCUGCACGAACUGCCGGUUUGACGCCGCGGGGGAUCGAUGUGAUCGGUGCAGGGAGGGUUUCCACGGACACGCCGCCAACAGGACCUGCCGAGCCUGUCCCUGUCCCUCCACACACAACAAUUUUGCGGUAGCUUGCCUCGACAUCAGCCCAGGAGUUGUUGAGUGUUUGUGUAAAAGAGGCUACAGUGGAGCUCGCUGCGAGAGGUGUGCAUUUGGCUACUAUGGUAACCCCAUGGUGCCUGGAGACAUCUGCAAACCCUGCAUCUGCACAGACGGCAGCUUAAGCGGCUGUGACUCUCUAACUGGAGAGUGCGCCACGGGGGCUAACGGCGGCAAUCCCUGCCACGGAUGUGAUGGCUGUGAUUGCGCUCUGCUGGUGGACUUGGAGAAAGAGGACAGCGGUCUGGCUCUGCUGCGUCAGCUGGUGCUGAACAUCACCGCCGGCCUCCCCGAGCUGAGCCUGCUGGAGGCUGACGCAUCGCAAACAAAGCUUCGGGUUGAUGAAUACAGCGGUGCUGUGAGAUGGGUGGAACCAAACGUGGAGCAGCUCGAGGCGGACAUCGCUCUGGUUGGAAAUGACCUGACUCGCCAAAAUAACGAGAUGCCUGACAUAACCUUGGAUCUCGAAAAGACCUUAAAGAACGUCAACAGAACUGUAAUCCAGGUGCAAGACCUUCUCUUCGAGGCUGUGGCUCUCAUCCAAGCAGCAAAUGGUUUGGCAGAGCAGCAGGCUUCAGUGGAACCUGACGUCUCAAGUUCUGUUUCCGACGGUCAGAAAAGUCAGAUGAUGGAGGAAGCUGAGCAAAUCAUGGCGGAAAUUAAAGACAGACGGUGCACCAUUCAGGGGGCCGGAGCGGACGGCGAGCAGGAAGGGGCCCGCAUGUUGCUGGAGAACAUCAGAGCCGACAUUGGCGACCUCUCACAAACCGUCCAGGCUGUUCUGAAGCCGACUGCAGACGUACUGACGGCCUCAACCGUUUCUGUGACGGCAGUGGCAGAGCAGCUGCUGUCUGUCCAGGAGACAGUUGAGAAAACACAGAGGCUUAACCUUAAAGGCGCCAUCGGUCUAGAAAAUCUGCAGACCGCUCUGGCUGCGCUGCGGAGAGAACGAAGCUGGCUGCCGCCUGCGAUGGAGCGGAUUUACGAUACGAUGAAGAAAACUAAAGACGCCCUUUUUAUGCCUCAGAAAAUUAAAAAAGAAGAGGAGAGUCUUGCUGCUCAGGUAGACGGAGGCAAACUGGAGCUUUUUGGAAAGCUAAACGCGACCUGGAAGUGUGCGACCCAGACGGACGCCGUGACCCGGGCUGAGGAGCACGCAGAGGAGCUGGGUGCUGCAGCAGCGGAGUUGCGACAAGUGCUUCAAAAUGUGGCCAACAGCAGAGAGCUGCUCAGGAUUUUUGGAGCUCACGACGGCGUCGCCCGGCUCUCACAGGCAGCAAAUCAGGCUCUAAGGGACGUGGAGGAGGGAGGCCUGAUCAUCAGCGCUGAGGAGAUGGAGGACGUUUCAGCUGAUUUACACGCAGAAGCCAACGACACUCGGCGGUGCUUCAAAACGGUUUCACGUGCGCUGAACGCUCAGAGGGACGGCGUGAAAAAGCAGGAGAAAAAGGCAGAAAUGUUGAAAGCGAGCGUCUUAAGCGUUGGCGGCAGCAUCAGACAGAUUGAAAGAGAUGAUACCAAAGACCUUGUAGAGUUUGUGAAAAUAACAACCUCUGCUGUAAACGCUGAAGUCAGCAAAGUAAAGGAGCGCCUCGGUAACAUCAGCCUCGAAGUGAGACGAAUCCCGUCGGCUAGCUUUAGUGGAAACUUCCUGACUGAUGCAAACCGGGCUGUGAAAAGGUUGAACAGAGUAAUGCCUGUGUUGGAAGACAAGCUUGAACAAAUGAAGGCUCUGGGUGCAAACACGUCUCCGUCCGCCAAUGUGACGGAGAGCAUAGAGAGGAUCAAGGACAUCAUAGACGAGACAAGAAGCUUUGUUAACAGGCUGUCUCUUGCCACCACCUUUAAUGGAAAGAGCUACAUUGAGCUCCACCCUCCGAGAAACCUGGAGGACAUAAAAGCUUUUACAGCCGUUGAUCUGCUGCUCAGUCUCCACCACGGAGAUGCGAUCGCAGCAAGGAGGCGAAGGCGGCGGCAGCGGCACAAACACAGAGAUGAAAACAGCCACUUUGUUCUCUAUCUGGGUAACAGAGAUACCUUUGGAGACUAUUUUGCGAUGGUCGUCAGAAACACAAAGCUGAUUUGCCUUUAUAAGUUGGGCGGAGUUAUUCAUGAGAUGGAAACCAGUCGAAUAUCAACGGGCAACACGAGCUCCUCUUAUUUUGACAGGAUCGUCUUCCAAAGAGUUUACCAAGAUGCUACAGUUAGCAUCACAAAAAACUUCACAUCACAGAAACCCAUCAGCCUCCCUCCCAAGCAGAACCUACCCAACACGACGAGCGGCGUGAUGAGCCUUGACUCACAGCGUGCCGUUUUCUACGUGGGAGGCUAUCCAGAGGAGUUCAACCCUCCGGAGGAGCUGCAGUAUCCUAAGUACAGAGGAGCGAUGAAACUUUCCUACAUCAACGACGUACCUGUCAACCUCUUCAACUACAAGCGUGCUGUCAAUAUGCAGACAAAGCAGCGCACCGCUAAAAUCCCUCAGACAGAGUUGUGUGAUUAUUAUGAUGGGACAGGUUACCGCAUGGCCUUCUUAAAGGAGCCGCAGAAGGAGAAAUGACGGCUGUUCAGAUUCAACACGAGCAGCCGAGAGACAAACGCCCUUUUGUUCUACAUCGGAACUGAAGAGUCCUUUUUCUGUGUCUGUGUAGAAAGAGGCUUCCUGGUGCUCGAAGGUCAACAAGGCAGCCGACAGCUCAGAAACCAGAGUUCAGCUCAAGUUUCUCUGUUUGAGAAGAAGUUUGCGG